CGGACACGUCCUGUGUGCCGAUCGGGGGAGGUCAGCACGGCCUUUUUCUUGACCAUGAAAGGUGUCCGAAAUGCAACUUCCUAGGGCCUAACAACUGGACGUUGCUUACCCCAGCGGCCACUUCUACGGAAGCGACGAAUCGACAAAGCUGGACGAGCCCGUCCCCGCGUGAGGCAGGAUCGAGCACUGGAAGUACCCAAAAUGAUACCAGGGCCGGCUAUUGGGAGCACGCAUACCACCAGUAUCCCCUUUGUGGUGCCAGAGCUCUUUCGCCACAGGCGUUUCUGGUUUUGCACCUCCUGGGGCACGCGGCCAAGUUUGACGUCCACCAUGUCAAGGCUGAUUGGCAGGCCUUGCUCCAUUACUUUGACAUGAGGCCGGAGCUGUUGUGUUCAUUUUUCAUGUGCCUCAUCUGCAAACUUCUCGAGCAAACAGGAGGUACUCCUGAACUACGAGGCAAGGAGUCGCCUACUUCUACGGGCAGCAUCGAUCCUGCGGUCGAGGACGAAAGCGGAGCUCACCGUACUACUUUGAGCAUUCGCAAUUUCGAGGAACUCGUUGUUUGGGAAAGAAACUUUGCGGAGGAUUUUGUAGUCCCCGCUUCGGCAGAACAUCGUUCAUUUUUAGCGGAGCUCAGUCACGGCGAAAACGACUUGCUGCGGUUGGAAAUCGACGAAGUAGUGCGCCCGCAAACAGUGGAUGGAGCGCGGGGCGCAAGUAGUACAUCCCGAGACGAUCGAGCAAGAAGACACCAACCGCUUAUCGUCGAGAUUGGUGCUGGAAAUUUUACUUUUGCGCAGGCGUAUUGUCGAAAACAUGGAGUUUCGAAGCAAUGCUACGUGGCGACGUCGAAGGAGACGCGCGCCGAGCUGCUAGGCCGCUACAGUGGAAUCUACGAGCGAGCCUUCAACCCCGAAACCGCGCUCUUUCACGUGGAAUGCGAUAUUGACAUCGUCGAGGAGCCCGACUACUGUGUGUCGACAAUCAAGCAGUACUGUGCGGACGUGAUGCAAACGUUCCGGGGUGUAGUCCAUCGUCCAGGAGAUCCUCACAUAGCUCCUGCCGUUGAUGGCGCGGAGGGUUACGUCGACAUUUUGCUGUUCAACAUGCCGUUUGCAGAUCCCGACGACCGGUCUCUGACGCACCGAGAUCUGAUGCGCGCCUUCUUCGCGUUGGCGAGGAGAAUAGUGAGGCCGGAGACCGGGAAGGUGGUGUUUACCUUGUCGAACUCCUUUUGCC